AUGAAUCGCUUCCACCGACUCACAAAAAAAAUUGUAUUUGCGGAAUGCGUUAAACGCAUUCUGUGCGUGCUUCCAGUCGUGCUGACCAAGUUUUUUCUCAUUUUCUGUGUGGUCGUGGUCUUGUUCGUCCUUUUAUUUGACCUUCGUCCAGCUUUUCAGUUUCGUUUACUCGUGAUUUCGUUCACUUUUAUUUUGGUGCAUUCGCUGGCUAUGCUGCACGACGUGAAGAGGCAGCACAUCAUGGUCAGCUUUCAUCUUGUAGUGGAUUCUUUUCCACCUCAGAAGGUGGUCCGAUGGAAGCACCAUACCCAGUCUGGGUGCAGAUGUAGUUGUUCGAGCGAAGUUUCAAUAAAAUGAUUGUCUCAGACACCGACCUGGCGAGGGGGUAUAGUUGCCUCUUCUGCAUGACAAACUGCAAACCGCCCCCAGAUUGUCUCAGAGGAGGACAACUGGGACUGGUUUUGGCUCGGGGGAACAAAUGAGGAGGGAGUGGAGGAGAAGGGGGUAAACGAAAAAAUGGACGAGAUUCUCGGGCAUUGGAAGUACUACAACGAGUUUCCGGUGGAGAAGUGAGGAAAUAAGUACCCCAUUGGGGGGAUGGUGGAUGGUCGUAGACGUUUGCAUUUGAGUUUGAACGUAGUACAGGAAGUCAAUGGUACAGGAAGUCAAUGUAUCCCCUGGCUACGAACGGCCGCGAUAUUGUUUCGAUUUUCUAGAGGAUUUGAUACCAACCAAACUAGCUCUUAUUCUGUGUCGUGGCUUGUUUGUGAUUUUUCGCAACUUCAAAU